AUGCAGAACCUCACACCCCAACAGGCACAGGCAUUAUGGGACGCUGGAGGUUUCACUAUCCUCCCUGAUCUGCCAGAGGGGUCGGAGUACGGGCUCGAUGGGACCUACCAUACCAUCCGCAAAUCAUUCACCGGGUCCAAAUUCGUACCUCCAGGCCUACACCUAAUUACCAUCUCCCCCGCUUCGCCCGGACGAUCCUCUUCCUCAUCCCUCGGUCCAGGCGCGAUCCCACUUCGGUCCGGUAUCCUCAUACAUCUCCGGCCGAGAGAGCGUCUUGUACUAUCUUACGACACUGGAACUGAAUCUCUCGCCUAUACGUCCUCAGAUACGUCGAUGAUCAGUGAUGAUCAUCUCCGGAGCCUGGAUCCUGGUCUUGCGGCGUACCCGUUCGAUGGGCUGGACGCUUGGAAGAGCUUGACGAAUUCAAUAUCAGAAGAUGUUGUCUUGGAGGUUCUGGGGCCGAGAGGCAUAGGAGUGGAUGGUAUGAGGGGCGUCGAGGGGGAUAAGGACGAUCUAGCGGUGUCCGGGCACCCAGAAGGUGUGGGGGUGCAGGAUGGAGGCGGAAAGAUGCGUUUCGUCCAUUUCGACCUGAGGCGGAGCUGGAGAGACGGGGCCGUCGGAGAAGAGUUGACGCGCUGGGCGAGGGAUAAGAGCUGGCUGCUCGCGAGUGUGCUAGAGGGUGUGGGCCAAGACCCCUUGACACUGCUUGGACACCUUCAACUCGCCUUCAUCCUACUCCUCCACCUCUCCUCCCCCUCCAGUCUAACAGUCUACAAACGCCUCUUCUCCCUCCUCUGCCGCUCGACCAACAUCCACGUCCAACCCCUCGAACACCUUCCAGCGCCCCUUCACGCCGGUCUUCGCGCACUCUACAUCAGCUUCAUAGCGGCCUUCACCGCACAAAUUCAGGCCUUGCCCGACGGGGUCUUCGAUACAGAGCUGCCGGAGCUAGAUGUGUGGUACAACGAAGAGCUGGAGGCACUGCGUGGGAACAUCAGUCGGGCGAUGGGCGAGGCGGACGGUCUGUGGGCGGAUGGAGAGGCCAGGAAGGAAUUGAGAGUAGGAUGGGAGGGGAUGAGGGUGGUCGCGAGAAGGAAGUUUGGAUGGGAAAUAGGGGAGUUGCAGAGUCUGGCGCAGCUGUUUGAUGGCCUUGGAGAAGAGGACGAAGACGAGGAUGGGGAGUACGCGCCGGUUGUAGUGGACGUCCCGGAUGAUUUGUAA